AUGACUUCAGAACGAAGAGCAUCGUGCAAUGAGGCGGCGGACGAAAGCCAAAAAGGAAAUGCCAGCAUACUGGUAAUUUUUUUAACUUCGAAAAAAUUGGUCUUUUAUUGUAACUAGACUACAGUUUAAGGUUUUUGAACUUUUGAACCCCAAGGUUUUCUAAAAAUCGAAAACUUGCAAUCAUAAGAAAAUGUUAUGUUAGUUUACAAUUACGUCAUCAAACCCUUUUCAGGCCAUAACUCUCGUCAUAGUGAUAGCAUCAGCUCUGAUUGCCUAUCACGAUAAAUGGAAAUCCCAGCAAAUCCCGGAUCCGUGCCCGCAAUACGACCUGACACAAUCUCAACAAUGUUAUCACACUUGCAGUAUUGAGAUGGUUGAGAGUGUCCCACAGAAUUUGACAAUACUUUCGGACAAAGUUAAGAGUACAUUUGAAGCGUGGAAUGAAUUGGUUUCUCAAAGUGAAAUUUCUCUGGACAUUGCGGCUUACAAAUCGAGUUUGAGAGGAAAGCAUGUGCUGGGAUCGGUGACACAAGACUUUUCGGUGGAGGUAAGAGGUUUUAAUUUGUUUUUGAGUUUAAGAUAUUACUUUCACGGUUGCUUCCGUUUCUGCAUUAAUCUGUUAUCAGUCAAUAGUUCAAAGUGUACUGCUUAGAUUCUAGUUAAAAUUAGCUUAAAUGAAGACCUACAACUCAUUUAGAUCAUCUUCUCAUAUGUGCUUCAUUUUGAGUAUUUGAACUGUAAAUUUUAGUUCAAGAAAUCCCGCUUCCUUUCAUGGUGAUUAUGCUUAUUAGUUUUUUUCAGGGUGAUCUAAUCUUUGAAGAACUAAAACAAGCCGGCCUUGGCCGUAACGUCAACAUCCGAAUCGUCGAGAACGCUCCAUCCAAAGACAAAGGAGACAACGAAGAUGCCCGGAGUCUUCAAAAUGCUGGCGUUGCAGCCCUUCGAAAGCUCAACCUCCAGAGACUUUACAACUCUGGCACGAUGCAUUCCAAAUUCAUUAUCGCUGAUGAGAAAAGCUUCUAUCUUGGCUCUGCAAACCUUGAUUGGAGAUCGUUGAGUCAGAAGAUGGAAAUGGGAGUGCUCGUGAAGAAUUGUCCUUGUUUGGCCAAGGAGUUGAGACAUUCCUUUGAGCAAUAUUGGCAGGCAGCGAAUGUGGAGAGACCGGAUCAGAUGAAAAAAGCGAUUCAUCGGCGAUCUCCGCAUAUCUACAAUAUGAAAAAGCCGCUGAAGAUACAGUAUGACGGAGUCGACUCAAAAGUUUAUAUUGCGGUAAGUGUAAAAGUACAUUUAAAACUGCCAUCUAACACUUUCAAAAGCCUUAGUUUCCGCUAAGCGUCAAAAAGAAGAUUAAAAAGUAGAGGAAGUUUUAAAUACCAGAAUAUUUACGGGAUUUUCACGUAGCCAGCUACGUAGACAAUAAGGCCUUGUUAUGUUCAACAUUAAAAUGCCAUGUUUGUUAUUUAUUAAUACUAUAAUUAAUAUUUUUAAUCAAAAGAUUAACCCAUACCCCACGCAAUUCGUAUAUUUAGAAAAAUUAAUUAUCCCCCAAUUAAGAUGUCUCAGGUUCAUUGUCAAUGCCAAAUUUAGACUAAUUGAUUUGUUUUCUUCUGAAAAGUUUAAUAUUUUUUGAGUCUAGCCGUCAUCUUUUCGUAUCUUAAGAUUUUCUUUGUAUUCCAGACCUCGCCAAAGCUGAUGAAUGCCCCUGAAAGAACAUGGGAUCUUGAUGCUCUUGUGGAUACGAUCAACAGGUCAAAAACACAUCUUCAUAUUCAUGUCAUGGAUUACUUCCCAAUGUUCUUGUACUCAAAUAACAACCGAUUCUGGCCAGUAUUGGACAACGCGUUGAGAGAUGCCAUUCUGAGAGGAGUGAAUGUCAAAAUGAUUGCUGCUGCAUUGCAUUAUCCAAAAAUGGGCUUGAGAUUUCUGAAGAGUCUCGAGAUGAUGAAUGAAAUUGGGAAAGGAAAGAUAGAAGUGAAGAUUAUUAAGAUUCCGACUCCAGGACAGAUGCAAAGCGUAAUUCGAAGGGAGAGAAGAACGCACAAGAAAUUCGUGGUGACUGAUGACACUGUUGUUGUUGGUAAGUUCAAGACUUCGUUGGGCAUUCGGAUUCCUUCUCCUUUUGUUGGAAAUUUUAAUAUACUUCUCUUAAAAUACUUUCUGUUCAGUUUUGUUAUUUCCUUCGGAACGUGUCAUAAGCUUUUCUUAUCUUUUCUUGUUAUUGUCUUUGCAGUUCCAUAAAAACAUUGCUUAUCACUAAAAAACACCUAGUACAAGAGGUUAUGAGUAAAGACAUGAUGAUAUUUUGUCCUAAUGAAAUUACUACUUGUUUCAGGUACCUCCAACUGGUCGGGUGAUUAUUUCGAAGGCGUUGGAACUGGUGCCGCCAUUGUGAUCCAGCAACAGCCUGGACACCAGCCGUUAAUCCAGAAGAUGAGGAAUAUCUUCAAGAGGGAUUGGGAGAGCGAAGCGGCACAUCCUUUGAGUGAUUACAUUACUGGCUGCAUCGAUAAGACUUCUAAAGUCGACUUCUGUGAAUACGAAAAGGAUAAGUCAUUAUUGAUCAACUCUGAAUAG